AGUUCUGAGGAGGCGGAGGGGAACUCUGCCCUGAUGUCUCAUGCACAUUUCGGUUCCACAAUGGACAGGAUUUAUAUAGGACGUGGUGAGUAAGUCACAGCAAAAGAAGAAGAAGCACAUCAUCAUCAUCUUUUCACUGACAGCAUCAUGAAGACUUUCUGCUUCACUCUGGGGCUUCUGCUGCUCACCGUCUGCUGCUGCAACGCCAUGCCUAAAGCCCUGCAGUUCAAUUUAGCCCCAGGAAACUGCUGCUUCAACUUUUACCCACGCAGUUUACCAUUAAAGCGUGUAUCCAACAUUACCAAGACCCACAGCUCCUGUCUAAAGCAGGCCUUCAUAGUCCAGACUAUCAAAGGAAGACAGAUAUGUUACAGUGGAACUUUCCAGUGGGCCCUGGACGUCUACAAUCAGUUCAACACUGAGGGCAGCAGUCAGCAGCACUGAACAUGUGUUACUUGAUGUAUACUUGAAAUGAAUGAGAGACGUCUGUAAAUCUUUUUUUGGAGGUAAAUCAACUUUCCAGUUGGAACACUUGAAUCGCCCUUCUUUAAAUCAUUGUUGUGAAAUGCGCUAAUAGCCGAAUUUAGAGAUAUUUUAAGGAAAACCGAAGUGUGCAUGCUCUAUGGGCUCCAUGGAAUGCGGAAGAACGCCGGAAGAUCCGGAUAAUUUUAUACAAAAAAAUCGAGCCAUUUUAGCUUCAAGCACCACUGAGCAACUUUCAUAGGAAUGGAAUGAAGACAGAUAACAGAUUAAACUCAAGUGCAUCACUCUAAAGUUUUGUAUGUUAUCUCUUUCUCUGAUCUAAAAGCUGUGUUAAUUGUUGAUCUAAUAAACAAAAU